AUGGAGCAACUUCAAACUCUCGCAUAUUUGGAAAACAUCCGACGACUUCGAAUGUACCAGACAAACAUCUCUCUUGGAUUCCAGCCCUACCCAGCGACAUGUUUCAACCCUCCCUACUACCAUCAUAAUCGCCACCAAGCUGCGCAAAAAAUCAACAACGAGCCGAAAUUUGACUUUCAUAAGCUUGCAGAAUCAGCGACGAAGGAUAAACCGACGAAACGCAAGUUGAGGCCGAAGAAAGAAUAUAUUUGCAGAUUCUGCCAGCGGCACUUUACGAAGAGCUACAAUCUGAUGAUCCACGAAAGGACCCAUACAGACGAGCGACCCUACAAGUGCGAUAUUUGUCAAAAAGCCUUCAGAAGACAGGAUCAUCUCAGGGACCAUAAAUACAUACACGCACCCGAGAAGCCGUUCAAGUGUACAAUCUGCGACAAAGGCUUCUGUCAAGCGAGAACGCUCAGCGUGCACAUGGCUACUCAUGAAAAAGCAGCGAAGAAGCAAAAGACCCAGAGCUGA